AGGAAAUGGGCGGGAAUCACUUUUGCCGAAAUGAGUCUGUUGUUACUCAGGGUCCGAAUCACCGCCCCGGAAAAGUAAAAAUCGCUUUGUCCCCACCCUCUCCGCCUUACGAAAAGCCUCUGCAAGAACUUGUGGAGUCAUUUCCCCCUUUUUUGUCAUUCCGGAAGGUGUGCUAGAGGCCUCCCGUUGUCUUUUAUUUCCAAACCUCGGCUGAUAGACAGCUCCUUUUAAAGUAAGGAUGGAACCGCUGAAAGAUGCUUUCGCUGCUGUAACUAGUGAUGAAAAUCCAAAGAUCAAAGAAGAGGUACUAAGUAGUGAUGAAUAUCAUUGUCCCGAAAAAGUUGCAACAAGUCGCAAGUCUGCAAGUGAAGAAGAACGAGAAUUCAAGGUGACAUUCGGUAAAGAUGGAAGGAAGCAUAUAGUGAGAGGCAGACUUACUGACAGUCUCUUUAGUGCCCUCAGGUCUAAUCAACAUGUCUGUGCCUGGAUGGACAGAACCAAGAGAAAAGAGUUCCACUUAAUAGACAAGACAAAGUCUUGGGAUUCCUUCAUCAAUCUGGGAAUGCCUUUAAAGUAUGUACCUGAUGGCUCACAAUUUGAAAUGAAGUCUUACAAGCUAACUGAUGAAGUAUGGUAUCGCCAAUAUGACGAUAGGAGAGAAUGUAUAUUGUUCUAUGUCCGUGGAAUAGGUUCUAGAAUGGAAAGCCAUGGAAAACAAAGCCGUACGGUAAUAAAAAACGGCAGCCUAAUUAACGAAUAUUGCACAUUUUGUAUCUUUGCCCCUAAAGAAGAAUCGAUAAAAGAUGCCCUGUGCAAUGAUGGCCGCUUUAUGUCAUUCUUGAAAGAAGAGAAUUGGACACUGGUAAAAAAAGGAACAAUCACAGAAAACAAUUACUUAGUUAAGAUCUUAUCAGAUCAACCAGAUGAAGUUUAUGAAAUCCACGUGGAGUCUAAAAAAGGUGCCAGAUACAGUGGUGAUCUAAACAAGAAACAGAAUGAUUUAGACUUGGCAGGGGGGCAGCUGUGUACCCUUGAAAAGCCACAGGGACAGCCGGACUUUGGGGAGGGACAACUCAGUGCUUCUAAAACACAACAGCCACAGCCAGACUAUGAGCAAGGACAGCUCGGUACUUCUAAACUACAGCAGCAGCAGGAGUUUGAAUGCCAGCUCCUGCAUUUGUAUCCUAAGCUGAAGGAAGAAGGAGAAAAGAUUUUCAAUUUUUUGAAUAAAAAGGACUUGGAAGUUUGUAAAAAAAACUUUGGAAAGGAGGUAAAUGACUCUCUUUCAGCUAUAUUGGUGGAGACACUUGCUACCCGUAUGAAUUCUGUUGGAUAUAUAGAAUGGAGGAAUGACUUAGGAUGCGUUCAUGGGUUUGCAACUUGCUUUGUUCUCCGUGGUAGAUAUAUAUUAACAUGUUACCAUGUAGUAGAGAAGAUAGUUGGAGAAGGAAGUGAAGCAAAGGACUGGGGAAAUAGAAUUAAGCAGUUAGCCCGUGUAACUUUCUCUUAUAAAAAAGAGCAUCCUCCUAGAGAAAAGUGGUUCUCACUGGAAAACUGGUUUGAAAUAUCAGAUAAGGAUCUCGAUUUUGCUGUCCUGAAAUUGGAAGAAAAUGAAAGUCAAAGUCAUCCUCCGCCAGGACUGUUGCAAUUUCAUUCUCCACCACCACCAAAUGGUCCCGUUUUUAUCACAGGUCACCCAAAGGGAGGAAUCAAGUCUAUGGAUGUUUGUGUUGUUGUCAGUGUAUUUGAGCGUGGCAAUAAAUACAGCAAUCAUUUGCAGCAACACCAGAAUAGUGAAUGCAGCAGAUAUAUGUGUGGUUACAACUCAGAUGAAAAAUGCAUCCAUUCGUAUAACCCAAAAGGUUUUGACCGAGAAAAAAAUAGUCCUGAUCUUGUCGCUUACAAUACCUGUUUUUUUGAGGGCUCAUCAGGGUCACCGGUGUUUGACAAAAAUGGGAAACUUGUUGCUAUGCACGCUGCUGGAUUUGCUUAUAAAAUGAGAAACAAAGAGUGUAGCAUAAUUGAAUGGGGCUAUUUAAUUUGCUCAAUCAUUUUAAAAAUUAAAUCCAAAUUUGGAUCUUGGUUUGAUUCUACAUUUUCUCCUGAUACAAGUGAAGAUAAUUCACAUGUGGAUGCAUUUCAGAAUGAGGCAGAGGAGGAAAUGGAUUGUAGUUAAUGUUAUAUUGUUAAAGUUCAAUCCACUUCUCCAAAAAAUGAAAUGGCUUGAGGGAAAAUUAUCUGCCAAGGUUCUGCUUUCUUUGGACUUAUAACAGUUUGUGACAGAUACAUUUAUUUUCAAAUAUUCAGGCUGAACAUAGCUGCCACUCUACAUUAAAUUCUCCAAGAAAUGCCUCAAAGUUUAGUGUUGUCCUUUGCAUUUUAGAACUCCCAAUAGCAUAAAUUCUUUUGUAGCUGUGUCUCUGUUUCCUAGCUAUUUGUACUUCUUCCUUUAUGCAAACAUUGAUUUAUAUUAUUUGGGAGAGAAGAAAAGUGGAACUAAAGCGAGAUCCCAGUUAGUGACUUUUCUAGUAUAUUUUCUAGUAUCAUACAGUCAAUACUGUGGUGAUAUAAGGGCUGUCCUUUUUUACUGUUAUUUUGACAUAACAAUAGUUUGGUGAUUAUAGAAGAUAUUAGAAAGGCAUUUCCCUCACUGCUGAAUCAGGGCAUUAUCCAUCUUUCCUUGAAUUGGCAGAAAAUUGAAUUGCCAUCUCAUUUUGCCGCUCAUUUUGCUCUCAGUCACAGUCAGUUGCUUGCCUUCUCUUCAAGGUAACAGUCUUAGAUUUACAAUGUUUACAAAGUUCCACUUUGAUGGCAGUUAUUUAAGGGAGGAAAUACAGCUAAUGGCAACUUCAACCUAUCCUACUUGUGAGCUGGGGCUGAGAUGAAGGCUAUGGACCAAGAAAAAAAA